GAGCGACCACUUCGCACCGCGUCCCGCUCGCUCGCGCGUAAACACGCGAACCCCACGCGUGCGACCGUACUCCGCGAAGUGCCGAAAAACAACCCUUAAGUGUCCAUUAUACCGACUUGUGACGUUGUGCCAGUUUUGUGUUAAAGUGAAAAAUUAUCUUUUAAAUAAUAUAAGUAAAAAUCUCAAAAACCUUAUACAAAUUAUAACGACAACAUACGAGUCGACUCGACACCUGUUCAAAUACGAUUUGUUUAAUUUGAUAGAUUGAAGGUUCGACGUGCCAGUGUCGAGGAAUUCGUUCACGUAUGACGACAAACAAAUAGAAGUAAGAAAACAAAGGAUUUUGAUCCGUUGCUUGCUUAGGUGCAGGUGACAGUUUGUGACUCGUAUGCCAGAAAGACUACUUCGAGAAUUGGACACAUUUUAUGAUCCAGUGUUCGUUCGUGGGAUGUUGUGAGAUAGUGGUGAAACAACAUGAGCGGUAGGCAGCCUUGCGGCGGGCUGCGCUAGAGAUGCGCUCCAAGCAGCAGCCGCGACCCUCCUAUCGCUGGCUCAGCACCAACGAAAACGAAGAAGCAACAAGUCCAGAAGGCGGCGUGAAGGAGCGUGGGGAGCGGGAGCGGGGCGCGCGGGGUGGUGGGGGGGAGUCGCGCUCCGCGUCCCCCGCGUCCCGCGCCUCCCCGCCGCCCGACGAGCGGGACAUCGAGCACAGUAUACCGGCUACCCUCAUUCAGGACCCCAAUGCUGAGAGAGAGAGUCCAAGAUGUUUGUCACGGGAGUCGUCAGGCGCGCCACGAUGUCCCUCCAACGACUCCGUGUAUUCGGGUCGGAGCGCGCCGAGCCUGCCCCUGCCAGCUGCACUAUCAGCGGCACUGCCGGCCGCCUUGCCCGCAGCGCUCUUGCCCCCCCACUCCGCAGCCGUGGCGGCCUACCUCGGUGCCGCAGCCGCAGCGGCCCAACAAAGGCUCCUCAUGUCCUGCCAAGAAGACAUGACAGACUCUGAACGCGCAGAUGCCGUACUAGACUUCAGCACAAAGCGGAGUGAAUCCCCUAUCGACGAUGACGACGACGACGCUGUCAACCUUACCAAGAACGAAAACGGUCCAUUAGAUUUAUCAGUUGGCACCCGAAAACGUGCUCCAGAAGAUUCUCCAUCACCCGUACCGACGAGAAAAAGUUCUCGAACGUCUGACUUUAAACCGAUUUCUACACCAUGGACGACACCCGUUGCUCCACAUCUACCUUAUUUCGCAGCAGCUGUCGCCGCAGCUAGCUUAUCACCUAAAGGUGGCCUUCCACAUGACUGGAAUGGAAAAUUAAAACAUGGAACACCUACACCGAACGAUGCUACUAAAGCCCUGGAAAAAAUGAGUGAAUUGAGCAGGUUAGGUGGAGAAGAGCUUUUCAGAUCUGUUCAGAGCGCGGCUUUAGGCGCUGGGUUAACCCCUAAUGCUGCGGCUCGCCACUCUGCUUGGCAGUCGCAUUGGUUAAACAAAGGAGCUGAUCAAACAAAAGACGUUUUGAAAUGUGUGUGGUGCAAGAAAAGCUUUAAUUCGCUUGCUGAUUUAACUGUCCAUAUGAAAGAAGCCAAGCAUUGUGGCGUGAACGUGCCAGUGCCUCCAUCGGGCGGUGGACCGAUACCUCCAUCGCUUUUACCGCCAUCUAGUUCGCCUUCAACACCAUCUCAUAAUUCCUCCUCUUCAAGCGGAUCAUCCAAACCGAAUCAUAAUGAUCUUAAUAUGCUCAUUAAGGAAAAUAUGCCAAUACCUAGGAAAUUAGUCCGCGGUCAAGAUGUAUGGCUAGGAAAAGGGGCUGAACAAACUAGACAAAUACUUAAAUGCAUGUGGUGCGCGGAGAGUUUCCGCUCCCUGGCGGAGAUGACAAGCCACAUGCAGCGCACACAGCAUUAUACUAAUAUUAUAUCACAGGAGCAGAUUAUCUCUUGGAAGUCUUCCGAUGAAGCCAAGGGGUCCAACUCCAGCACUCCCGGUACCAACAAUGCAGUUCCUCCGACGACAGGAACGAGUAGUCACGUUAGCGCUGUAUUAACUUGUAAAGUUUGCGACCAAGCGUUUAGUUCCUUAAAAGAAUUAAGUAAUCAUAUGGUUAAGAACUCUCACUAUAAAGAGCAUAUUAUGCGUUCUAUAACUGAGAGCGGUGGUAGGAGACGACAAACGCGAGAAAAGAGAAAGAAGUCCUUACCGGUAAGGAAACUUCUCGAGCUUGAGAGAGCCCAGCACGAGUUUAAAAAUGGGGAGGGCAACGGAGUUCCUAUGGGGAAACCGAUUAGGGAUUUCGGGGCUGGAAGCCGCAUAACAUGUGAGAAAUGUGGUGAUAAAAUUGAGACUGCUGUAUUCGUAGAACAUAUUCGACAAUGCAUAGGCGCACCCAUGUCAAAUAGCCAAAGGAAUUUUCUAAAAAGUGCUCUUCUUUCAAAUAAUAUUAUUCCACCCGAUGUUCCCGGCCACAUCACUCCUACCAGUCGCGAUGGACGUAAGAGUAUCAAUGACGAAGUUCCCUCUCCGGGAUCAACGCACCACCGUUCCCCUUCUUCAGUUAACGAUUCCUCUCCUAGUUCCAAAGAUCACAACCCUAGCAAUGAAAAAAGUUCGUCCCCAUCUGUACUUAAUGCCAUAGAACAAUUAAUAGAAAAGAGUUUCGACACUCGUUCCCGGCAUUCAGUACCCGGUAUGCCCGGUGGGACUUCCCAUGCUCCGAUUGGAUCUAGUAUUUUGAAAAGAUUAGGUAUAGACGAGAGCGUAGACUACACUAAACCUUUGGUAGAUGCACAGACUAUGAGCAUGUUAAGAAAUUAUCACCACCAACAAGGAUAUGGCCGUCGAGAACGUAGUGGUAGCGAAUCCAGUUCCAUGUCCGAAAGGGGUGGUAGUAGGGUAGAAUCUCUUACUCCCGAUAGAAAGUUGGAUUCUUAUCAUAUGACUCCGCGUACCACCCCGGACACCCGCGGCUCUCAAACUCCUGCGUCAGAAGAUCGCCCCGCAGAGGUUAGGAUAAAGAAAGAGAUCACGGACGAAGAAGAUCGCGAUACAUGUGUAGAUCUGAGUAGUCAGCCAGUUAGGGUUAAAACUGAAGUAGAUGAUGAUGAGGAACACGCGAGACCGAAUAGUGCGGGUGAAGAAGACAAGCCAACCGUUCCUAAACGGGAAAGCGAGGGUCCGAGCCCAGUCCCAAGUCCGCGUAGCCCGGCUAGCGAUCGUUCCGCACCCACUCCUGGUGCUGAUAGGAAGCCGGCUUCCAGUUUAGGAGCUCUGUCAUCCAUGUUCGAUAGCCUCGCUGGUGGUGGAUCUUCCAAUGAGCCUAGUUCUUCCCGACGUGGUGGCAGUCAUCCUCUGGCUGCCUUGCAGAAACUUUGCGACAAAACUGAGACUAAUUCGUCUCGCGCACCGCCCCCUGCACCGUCCCCUGCAGGUCCACCGAGCAUUUUAACUUUCAGUUGGGCUUGCAACGACGCUGUGGUCACAGAUUCGAUCAUGAAAUGUGCUUUAUGCGAUACUCCAUUUAUAUCGAAGGGUGCGUAUCGGCAUCAUCUUUCCAAGAUGCAUUUCGUUAAGGACGGUGCUCUACCAGAGCCUGUCCCGGUCAAGGCCCCGCCGCCUGCAGCGUCUCCGGGUGCGCAUAAAAGCAGCGGGUCCAACGCUGCUUCGCCGCAAGACCCACGGAGUCCUUCACAAUCCUUCGACGAAAGUCCUCACUCCAAGUUCCUCAAGUACACGGAGCUGGCGAAGCAGCUGUCCAGCAAGUACGUGUAAGGCGAGGGCGGCCGCCAUCAGUUGUGAUGAUACCAUAUCCUGCUACGUCGACCCUGUCCAGGGUCGUUAGGUCGCGACGCGACGUUAAGUAUUUCGAAACUCUUUGCCAAUUUAAUUAUUUAGGUAAUCGUUAGAGUUCACCGCAUAGUUCGGUUAGUGUAAUUAACGACUAGCGACAUAAGUAUACGCCAAACGUCUUACGUUCGUUUAGGAUAAGAGAAUAUUUUCAAAAUAUUGCCUUUAGGAGAGGACGGAGUCGCGCGGCGUCGGCUGCGGCCGCGGCUAUCUUCCACACUACGUUGAUUCCAUUUCGAUAUUUGUAAAUAUUAUAAGUCGCAUUAAGUCUUAAAAGUUCGAUUCGAUCUCUUGUAAAUGUAUAUUUUUUGCUAAUAAUCCAAAACGAGACAAAUCGUUUGUAAUCUUGGCUGCGCACGCGAUCGGCUCGCACGACGUAUCGGCGCCGUCGUGUCGUAUCGUGUAAGUCUGUCAGUAUUUAAUGAAAAUUCGUUGCAAUAUUAUCAUUUUUGUGUUACUUAAUUUUUUAUGUAAAUCAGAGUUAGGGUUAGCAUGGUUCUUAGUUUAUUUUAUGUAUAUUUUGAAGCAUCUGUUCGUCAGGCGUUGAGAUCCGUCGAUGCCCGCAAUCUCGGAGAUCAAAUCUCAAGCAGUUCGUGUACAUAUACUACAUACGGCGCAGUGUCAUAGCAUGCAAUAUUACAAUCUCCUUAGUGUAAAUUUUGAUCUAGAACGCUCUCCUCGUGAGGUUGCUAUUUAUUAUUUAGUGUUAAGUGUAAGCUAAGCGACUCUCCUGUGAAAACAUGUAUACCAUUGUACCAGCGCAUUCAUCGGUUGUCCAAAUCAACCUAUUGUAUUUAUAAAGUGAUAAAUUAUACAAUUAUUUCUUUAAAAGGACGACUACAUUCGUAUACGUUUAGGACACUGUAUAACGUGGUUUCUUCCAGUUGUAACAACAGAUAUACGAUGAUGUAUAUACGGUAAUUGUGAGUGGAAAAGCUCUUUUAUAUAUUAAAAAAAUAUUGUAAACUGUAUAAUUGUAAGUUUCAAACGAUAUCAGUGUAUAAUGACACAAUGGGAUUUCAACUCUCGGAGCAUGACUGUAGAUUGAUUUUUGAUGCAGUUUAAAGUAAAAUAGGAAAUUAUUUGCUUACUUUUAAUCAUUCGAUAUAGUCGUUAUUAAAGUUCAUGUAUACUACAGUCAUGUUCCGAAGAUUACCACUCCUGUAGAGCCUGUUUCACAAAGUAUUUACACAUUUCAUACACAUUUAGUUCACUUAUCACAAUCGUGAUUGCAUAAACCAAUAUAAAAAAGAGACAGAAAAUGAAUGAUUAAAAAAAUACUUUUGCCUAAUAUGUCUAUCUUCAAAAGUUUCGUUGUUAAUGCCGAUUUUAGAAUUGUAUAGACUAGAAUUUAUUUGAGAAGGAAUUUGCUGCGCAUUAAACUUAAUUGUUUCAGAUAUUGCUAAUGCUUCAGUUCACAAAUCACUAAACUAAAUUGCACAGGUCUAAAAAUUGUGUUUUAAAUAUUUUAAAGGAGUAUUUUUGAACAAGAUGGCUCUAUUAUAUUUUACGAUCUGUUAAUUUAAUUUAGCAUAGAGAUUUGUAUACAAAUGCUUUUGGUUUAGCAGUAUUUCCUUUGAUAAAAUCUUAGUAAAUAUUAACAGUAUCAUGUGUUGAUAUCAUAUUCAUUAAAUAAGUCAUUUUUGUCACUAAAAAAUUUGUAAAGACUUUGUGAAACGCGCUCCGAAUACUGAAAAUUUUAACGAAAAUCGUAAAGUAUCAUUUUAACGAUAAUAAUUGAAAACAUACGACAAAUACUAUUAUGUAUACGCUAGCUCUGAUGAGAGAAUUUUGCUCAUUCUUUAAAAAUGAAAAAUGGUGUUGAAUAUUGAUUUUACCAAAUUUAAUAAUCUUAUUUAAUAUUUUAUGUUGUAUUUCAAAAUGCAAUUAAAAGCUCAAAGAAAUAUAUAUGUUAAAUACUA